UGUCGGUUUGUUACGGCAGGGUCCUGUUUAGCCAGCUCCCGCUAUCGUUUGUUGUGAGCGGUGCUUUGUUAUUGUAGGGUCUUUCGUCUGUUACCAUAGCGCUCCGUGGGCCUCGGUUUGUUAUUGUAGGGUGCCGCUUUGGGAUCAUCCCUUUAUCAUAGGGUCUCUUCAGCGCUCCUCCCUGUCGGGCUGCAGGCAGACCCCAGGGCGGGGCAGUGAGGCCUGUCUGGGGGCUUGGCACAGAGGGCUUGGCACUCCCCACCCCCUUCUCACCUGGCUCUCCCACCCACAGGACCAUAAGGGGCCACCAUGCCCAAGCGCAAGGUGACAUUCGAGGAUCAGGCUGAGGGGGACGAGGAGGAGGAGGAGCUGGCCAUGCCCAAGAAGAAGCUGGUAGAGCCCGGCCUGGGGGCCAGCGGCCCGGGGAGCCGGUUCAAGGGUAAACACUCCCUGGACAGCGACGAGGAAGACGAGGAUGAGGAGGGGGACGGCGGCCGGGCCAGUAAAUACGACAUCCUGGCAUCGGAGGAUGUGGAGGGGCAGGAGUCGGCCACCAUCGACUACGAGGACGGGGUGCGGAUCACCCCCUUCAAUCUGGAGGAGGAGAUGGAGGAGGGGCACUUUGAUUCGGAGGGGAACUACUUCCUGCGGCGCGAGGCGCUGAUCCGGGACAACUGGCUGGACAACAUCGACUGGGUGCGGAUCAAGGAGCAGCCCCCCGGGAGCCGGCAGCCCCCCGGCGGAGAUCAGGAAGAGGAUGGGGAGCCCCUGGGGGGGCGCCCCCUGCUGGACAAGCAGACCCUGCUGGAGGGGAUGGUGGAGAUGGUGCGGCCAGGGGAGACUGUGGCCCGGGCCAUCCAGCGCCUGGGCAGCAAGGGCGGGGCCCGGGGCUCGCGCCCCCGCCGAGCGUGGACCCGGGCCAAGGCUGAGGCCCCCGCCCCGCCGGAGGAGGGGGAGGCGCCGGGCUCGCCCCAGAGGCGGGAGCAACUGGAGCGGCUCUCGGGAUUGGCUGACCAAAUGGUGGGGCGGGGCGUCUACGAGAUCUACCAGGAGACCCGUGAGAAGUUGGCGCUCAGGCUGCGGGUGCUGACCCAGCCCCCGCCUGCCCAGCCCCCCCCGGCCCUCGACAUGUUUGCCGAGGACAUCGAUGAGGCCAGGCUGAGAACCCAGGCAUCCGGGGGCCUUGAGGCAGGGAUUAUGGGAGGGGUCUUGAGGAGAAGGCCUUUUUUACAGCUGUGUAUAUGUGACACGCGGGACCUCAGAAUAGCUCUGUAA